GAUCUAAUUUAUCCAGUUUUUUAGAUUUAUUGACGACAAAUUUUGAGGUUAUUUUGUGACUAUUUUCAGAAAAUAAUUCACGAUGCCUUCUCCCGUCAAGAAACCAAGAACUAUGGAAGAUACCCUCCAGGUGUCUAAACUGUCUGAGCAUGCUAUUAUUCCUACACGUGGAAGCGUGCUUGCUGCAGGGUAUGAUCUGUACAGUGCUUAUGACUACGUUAUCCCAGCCAAUGGAAAGAUUCUCGCCAAAACUGAUAUCCAGGUAAAAGUCCCCCACGGCACCUAUGGUCGUGUAGCUCCCCGGUCUGGGCUGGCCUGGAAGAAUCAUAUUGAUAUCGGAGCUGGAGUCGUGGACGAGGAUUACCGCGGGAACGUCGGGGUCAUCAUGUUUAACCACAGCAGCACCGAGUUCGUCGUUAAAGCUGGGGAUAGGGUGGCCCAGCUUGUCUGUGAGAAGAUUGCUUAUCCAGAAAUUGAGGUUCUGGAUAGUCUUGAUGAUACUGUGAGGGGAGAGGGUGGUUUUGGUUCAACUGGAACAAACUAGAUCAAACCAGAACCAUCUUGCUGAAACAAGAAACUCCCCUUUCAUCCUGGCUUUUUUUUCCGUUGGAUUUUUAUACGCUCAUUUUCUCAUAGUAUAAUCCAAACCACUAAAUAUUUAAACAAAGAUCCUUUUUUCAUAAUUUUACAUAAUUUAUUCUAACCUUUUCUAAUUUAAUCCCAGCUCUUUGUAUUCCUGACUUCACAUCAUUAAUUCCAACCUCUCCGAAUUAAAUCCCAGCUCUCUGUUUUCCUAACUUCACAUCAUUAAUUCCAACCUCUCCGAAUUUAAUCCCAGCUCUCUGUUUUCCUAACUUCACAUCAUUAAUUCUAAUCUCUCCUAAUUUAAUUCCAACUCUUUGUAUUCCUAACUUCACAUCAUUAAUUUCAACCUCUCCUAAUUUAAUCCCAGCUUUUCUUACUUGAGCCUUCUCGGAACUUAUUUUCAGUUUAUACUUUAAUAUGAAACCCUGUGAAACUAUUACGCUUUUUAUAAAAAUUAGAGAUCUCAGAACCAUGACAUAUUUAAAGAUUUAUUUACAAUCAAUACUUUUGUAAGGUUGGAUCGAUCUCUAUUCUACAGUCGAUACAGUUUUUAGUUUGCUGCUCAUUUGGCAUUUUAAUAUGUGGAACUUUUUACGCUUAUUUUGUCAUUUAAAGAAUCAAUAAAUAUAUUUUACGAUUUAUCA